CUUUGAAGCUGUCGUCUUCGAAAGGUGAACUGACAAUUGUGAAUGAAAAUCGGUGACUCGGCGUUUUUAUAGACGUCUCGCUGAUGAUGAUGACUAAUCUUGUAGAAAUAAAAGGUUUAUACCGAGCGUUUGAUACACACACGUGUAUAACAAGUAUUUACUUGAUUCGUAUCAAACGCUCGGUAUGAACGAUAACGUAUCGAGUUGCUACGAUUCGUCCGAAGAAUUAAUAUUGAGUCAAAACCACGCAUAUUGUAUAAUCAUAUUUUUUAUCGCUGUAAACAUUCGUAUACUUUAAAAACAGACGAAUCGAGGUUAGGUCCGUUCGCUCGUAUUAAAUAAUCGAUAAAAUUCAAUCGUUCGUUCUCCUAUAUGCUAUUUUCAGCCGCGUUACAGUUGCGAAUAUCUUCCAUCGCGCGUCUUCGAUUUCUAUUUUAUUUUGGGACCCUUAACAAAAAGUAGACAAUAUAUUCCGUAAUCACCUACAUAUACAGCUUCUCUGAUUCGCAAUGUUUACAGCGAAAGUAACGUCAGAAGUAAAAAUUAAUGUAAAUUAAUUUGUGCAGACAACGCGUAACUGUGGUCUGUGGUAGCCAUAAUCGUAGCAGACGAUAUACAUACGUCAGAUAAUGUCAAAAUACACGAGAUAUUUACACUUGCCAACAAAGUAAAGACUAGACUAGAAUCCUGUUAAAUAUUAUCUAUUAACAAGAGUUUGCAAAUAGAUAUGAUAGAAAAUCUUGCUGCCAAGUUAUGUUUACUUUUGCCGGAAAAAGCGCACUCAGCGGAGCAAUGGAAAUUGUUGGGUCAGGAGAAAGAUGGAUCUUUGUUGGUUGCAUGGACAGAAGAAACUAUAGAAGACGAUGUAGUCGCAUCCUACACUGUUGUAGGCCACUACGACCGGACUAAUGAUAAAUUACAAGUGGUACAUCAAUUCCCAGAAGUAUUAAAUAUUGUACAAGGAUCGAUAAAUCAGAGCCGCACAGUGUUUGGAUAUGUCACGAAACAGAAAGUUAUUUCAGACACAGCUACAGAAUCCUCGGAACCAACGGAUGAAAGUACAUUGAUCGAAGUAGAAAUGUACGAGGCAUACAUAGUUGAAUUACAAGGAGAAGAAGUAAAAGUUCGUAAUUUAGAUACAAAGAGGUCCAAACAAGUACGCAUUCAGUUUUUAUACAGAGAAAAAGAAGUUGGGCAUUUGGAUAAAUUCUUACUAUUAAUACAUCAAGAAUGUGUCAUAAUAUAUACUAUAUCGUAUGAGACGAACGAAUUGGAUUUUCGGCCGAUACAGGAGUUAAAACCCGAACCAUUGGUAAAAACAUUUAUUUGGGCUCAGUGGGACAUGAUAAAUCAAGUUUUAUAUCAUAUACAUCAUAGACGAAUUCCCGUAAGUUUAGUUUCCGAAGACGACGAUGAAAAGCCAAAUAAAUCAACUCGAAGUAAUCCAACGCUCAGUGGUCUUCAGUUUCAUGAUGAUUUGCCUCAUGAGACAGUGCUGAAUAUACCUCUGAAUUUGCCCCAGUUAUCAACUUCUUCCAAUUGUGGAACUUACGAGGACGAUGUUAUACCUUUAAGAGUUCACGAUUGUUCCUUGGAUCUAAUUGUGGUUUCUGAUUCCAAAGGAAUGGUCUGUGUUUGCCACCAUUACUUAUAUCGCCCAGUAAAACCGCAACAGCAUGUACUUAACUCGCUAAAUGAAUUUAAUACGGUUCACUUCGCGUAUUCUGUAACGCUACUUCAUCACAGUUGUGUAAUCCAUUGUGUUAUACCGGGCAUACCGUGGUCGCUCGCUAAACUCAUACGGCCAACGUUCGCGAUCUAUGAACAUCAUCACAUGAUCGUUCUGGUACAAGGUUUAUUUACUCAUCUCCUUGAAAUUGGAACGAAUCACGAACCAUGCUGCCAUAUACUAUGCGGCCCGUUGACUACAAUUCCAUCGCGCUCCUCUUACCUGGUGCCGUUACUUGAAUUAGAAACUAAUAACAAAGGAAGCAAAAAGAAAUACGACUCAACUUCUUUAGAAGGGAGCAACGCAACACCUCAUCUUAAUACAAGCAUACUAACAAUAGACUUACCCACACUGGACUUAGUGCAAUUGAAAAUUCCCUCCGAGUUCCUCACCGAAGUGUUUCGUAAAGAAACAUCGACGGAAGUACGUCUAGGAAUACUACAUUACUUUCUCUGCCAUAAAACCGACAUGGAUAUCAUUUCGGAAUUAGUAUGCACGAUCGCUGAAAAACCAAGGUCCCUGGAAAUGGUACGGUAUAUGCAAGAAGUUCUUAUCGGCGGUUCGUAUGCUCUGGUACAAAAAAAUCUGCUAGCAGACGCAAUGCCACUGUUGGCGUUGCUACCCGUUACAACUAUGGAAGAAUAUACCAGUUUCGAGAUCAAAGUGAACGAUUUAAGUAUAACAUUGAGUCACGAAAAGCUCUGGAACACGUCGGUUAUGUUGCUUUCGCCGCAGCAAAGAUUGGUUCCGUAUCGUAGCGACUUGUGGACUAGAUUAUGGGAUCAACUUAGUAAAAAUAACGGGGACAAGACGAGGUUUAAACCGAGCAAAAUUGCUGAAAAAUUGUUAGUCUCUUUAGCGUGUUAUCAACCCGAGGCACUGUCCAGAUCCAGUACUCCAAUGUCUCCAAGUGGAGGAUUGGUUGUAGCCACAGUGUCGCUUGGAGAUUUAACUGGUGUUCGUAGUAAUAAAUUGUUAGACUCGUGUUUGCCAUUUAACGAAACGGAGAGCUGCACGGCCUCAAAGCAGGAACACGUCGUGUCUGUAAAUUUAAGAGAAUUGUCCAUGUAUUUGUUGAAACAUGGUACACAUACGCCAAUGACCCAUCUUCAAGGAUCGUGUACCCCGUUACACGUACACGCUAUGGCAACGAGACACGUUGCGGCGCAGUUAGAAACAUCGCGAGCUCUUUGUCAAAUGCUAUGUCGAGCUGCAAUUGUGGACCCGCGAAUCGAGCAAGAACGUGGCUUCAUUCUUGUUGAUCAAUUGGACGAAGCAAGACGAUGGUUACUCUUCAUAUUGUUCGAGCGCUACAGGUGCGCGAUAGAAAGCAUAGCAUUUCCGGCGCCACAGGGAUUCACAUCAUUUUUCACUUAUCUCGGAUAUAGAACUCUAAAGUAUUCUAUGUUCCUGCAGUACGUCCAACGAUCAGUAUUCGAGUUACAAGUGGACGUCAGCAAAAUUAUUAUGGCUGACAUCAGCGAUAGGAAAGAAAACGCUGUCCGUAAAUUGACUUUGUUGUCUUUGCUACCGAGAUCACGAGCCAAGAGGCUUUUAAAUCAGUGGUUACAUCCAGUAAGUUUCAUGAUACGAGCUCGUGAACACGCUGCUAACAUAUUAUGCGGCGAAGUGUGUCAGAAUCGUGGUAGAACUUCGCAGCACAAAAAUCAUCAUAACGGUUUGGCUGCAUUUCCUUCCGCGGAUCGUUUAUCACCGCUAGAUACAUUCCUCGAUUUACUUACUGCAAAAGCUAGUCUAACCGAAUUGGAUUUCGGUCUACUUAUAGAAGCCACGGUGACGUCUACAGAAGAUUUUUUAUAGGUAAAUGUAUUCUAGUUAAAUGUUAACUAUAACUAAAUGCAACAAUUAUUUAUAGAUUUCUUUUUAUAAUCAAAAACAGUAAUGCAAAUAAUUAAAAUCGUACGAAGUGCCAUUAUCUUCCAAGUACUUAUUAUGUAUGACUGGUUUUAAACGUAUUUUAUAAACUUCUACAUGUCCCUUUUUUAAAUUAUACAUAAUAGAUUUGUACGUAGUUACAACAUAACUUACAUUUUCUAUAACUGAAUGAUUUAACUCUGCAGAAUUUGAUGUCCUUAAUAUAUAUCGGUCGUAAUAUUGUUUCGAAGUUGAAUAAAUUAAUAUUUGAUAUACAUCACUAGCAUAGUA